CUAAGCGUUUAGGUAACACUGAUUGUGUUGGAGGGAAAUUUGUAUAGAUUUUCGCGCAAUAUCAAUUGUUUCUUUGUUAUUCACUUUUUGUAAAGUGGUCAAAAUGAUGUCAUCUUCCCCAGCUAUAUCUUCUCCGAUCAUAAGUCAUGCAAAGAAAAUGGGUAAUAUUCAGGUUAUCUUUGGACCCAUGUUUUCUGGUAAAACAACAGAGUUGAUGAGGAGAAUGAAGCGCUACCAGAUUGCCAACUACAGCUGUCUAGUGGUUAAGUAUGCGAAAGAUAUCCGCUAUGAUAAGGAAAACAUUGCAACACAUGACAGACAAACACUUCCAGCAGUAGCAGCUACAAAACUAGCAGACCUGGAGGAAGAGGCUCUACAGUACGAAAUCAUUGGCAUCGACGAAGGACAGUUUUUCCCAGAUGUUGUGUCGUUCUGUGAUGAGAUGGCAGACAAAGGCAAGGUGGUCAUUGUUGCAGCAUUAGAUGGAACAUUCCAGAGAAAGGGAUUUGGAAACAUCUUGAAUCUGGUUCCACUGGCAGAAAAUGUAAUCAAGCUGUCUGCAGUGUGCAUGACAUGUAAUUCUGAUGGUUACUUCACAAAAAGAAUGACCACUGACCAGUCGGUAGAAGUGAUAGGAGGGGCUGACAUGUAUCGGGCAGUUUGUAGAGACUGCUUCAAAUCUCCUACCAAAAAAUCUCCACGGAAGUCCCCAAUGGUCUCCCCAUACAAGUUGAAAUCCCCAGUCAAGUCUGCGACCUCUUUACAGCGAGGUACCCCCACCCUCCAGGAAGAACGAUCCCUCAAAGACCUGACUGGAAGCAUCAACCGCCAGCUCACAUUUACCGCACCACCAAGAAUCUAACCAGACUUGACAGUAUUACCAUUUAUCUAUGCAUCGACACUCUUCAGUGAUAUUUUCAUUAUUUUAUCACUUCUAUUUCAAAUAUUGUUCCAUAUUUUCAUAAUUCGCAAAUAUACCUCUCAGCUCAAUUUGUAUUAACUAUGUUAACUGUUGACCAAUUUUUAAAGCUUUUUAUAUUUUACAUUAAUUGAAAAUCAACUUUUUUCUGAUAGAAUUAGUUUAAAUUUUAGCCCCGUCUUUAGCAAGCUAUUCCUUUUAUUAACUAAUUUAGCAUAGAUUUUAUAGGUAUGGAUUAUUACAUAGAAUUUUUAUUUACCUGUGUAGAUAAUAUACUACAUUAUUUGUAGUGUCAUAGUGUCUGUUACAUUCAAAAUCAGUUACAAUUCCAACUUCAUUGAUGAAAAUGUAGAAAAACAACCUGAAUAUGUUUACUUUUAUCUCAAUAUUUAUUGAAACUAGAACACUUAAGCAACAGAAAACUGAUAGUGGGUCAUUUGUAAUCACAUACACAAUGUCUGAACUGGUCAAGUUAAGGAAGGUUUAGUUUUAAUGCAUCAGAUACGUUAAAUAAUGAUAAUUGUUUAGUCAAAAGUGGACUUUGUUAUUUAAUACCAAGUUUUAAUUGAAAUUUAGAAACAUUAAUUUAUUAUAAUCAAAAUCGGAUAUGUUUUGUUUAGGUUUGAGGCAUGUCAUUAUGCUUUCAAUUAAAACAUAACUUAUAUUUCGACAACUUUAAAAUUUCAAUUUAUAUAACAUAUCUGUCAUUCCUCAUAUAUCCUAAUAUAAUCCACAUAAUAUAAAGUCAUUUUUGUAAGUAUUACAUGUUAACUUUCUCAGUUGAUUUGUAUAAAUUGAUUAAUGUUUCUUAGAUAUCUAAAAAUAUAUUUUACGUGAAUCUUAGGUCACUAAAAUUUUAACGUAUCUGAUGGAAAACAUCAUUGACUUAAUAACAUAGUAAACUGACAACAAAGUUAAAAUUGACAGCGUAAACCAACAUCAUCAACUGUAUCCAUAAUUGUUAAAUCAUUUUUAUACCACAACUACAUACAUCGCAGUUUAAGGUGCAUAUAACUAUAUGAGAAUAUUUUAAUAUAGUGAUAAUUCUCAUAUAAUUGUGAAAAUAAUAGGAUCAUUGGUAUUUCUAUAGUAUUGUUUGUUAGUGAUAUGCUCUAAUACACCACAAAGCAUAUGAAUAGAGCAUUAAAACACUUUUGUUAAUGCAAUUCUGAUAAUUAAGUCGUGACAACCAAAACACAUCAGAUACGUUAACACAUCAUGUAACUCUUAGCUGUCAUAUAAAACAAACACUGUUACUUUAAACAUCGAAACAACAAUUAUUAAUCAUCAGCAAUUAAGGCGACAUCAUCAUUGUUCAAUCGGUAUUGCCUCUUGGUCUUGCCAUAGGGGGAAGGUUCUUCUAUUGUAGAUAUGAUGUCUUCGAAGUUAACCCACAAGUCAUCAGCUCUUGAGGGCCAUCCGAAAAGCAGCAUCGGACCUUUGCCUCGGGUCUUUUCCAUAAAUGAAACAUGGCAUCCUUAGAAUUGCAGUCAACCUCUAAGACUUUUCCCACGUAAAUUUUUCUGUCAUAUUUGGCCAGAACAAACGUUCCAACUGCAGGGACAUGCUUCUGACCAUUAGAUGUUUCGUUUUCAGGUUUGUUGUUUUGAACUGUUUCCCAGUGCAUGCAUGGGUCAUUUGCCAAACACCGAGCGCAAUGGUAAGAUGUAGUAGCUGUGUAAAACUGAUUUCUUACAUGAAUGAUCGCAUGGAGCUUCAUUGUUCCAGGGAUUGCUUUCGAUUUGUCUUCGUUAAGUUCAGUUGCACUGUUAUCGUACUCAGUUUGUGAGUAGAAUUUGUACUCAAUGCUUUUUUGGUUUGCCUUUGCCCAGUUAAAAAAGUCUAGCAUUUUGUAUUGUCGCCCUUCCUUGUUUGCAGGCAUUGCCAGCUUGUUUUUUUGCAACACCCCCUAGUCCAUCACAUGGCCCUUUGCCAUGUCCGCAUUAGUAAUAGUUCCAUCGAGCUUCAGUGCCAAAUAGUUCUUUGUGCUUUGUCAGGAGGUUGAAUAUAUACCUAUUUUGGUACUGUGACGAUGGACUAUCAGUCCAGUAGUGGACCAUUGUUGUGGAGGGUAACAUCUCUUUAAUGCAGGGAACGAGACCUUUCAGGAUAGUGUACACAGCUGUAGCAUUAUGGUUGCCAUCAUCGGAAAUAAAGAUGUAAUUCGUAUGCUUUAGUUCAUCGGAGUCGUCUUUGUAAUAUACGACUACUGGAUGAAGUGUCACAGAUGCAGCGUUCCAGUAGGCGCUUUGAAUCUCAUCCAUGUUCCCACAUGUAAAAUUUUCAGCAAAAUCCAUGUUUACUAUUACAUGAUUCGGUGGCAAGUUUGCUUUCAAUUGUUUCAGUGCUUCAUACUGAGAUCUUAUCCUCCCAACAUGGCCCAGAAAAUCGUCAUAUUCAUUUCUCAUCAUACUUGAAAUUCUACUUUUUCCAUUUCCACCUUUACAAUCUUCAUCCUCUUCUUGCCGUCAUCAUCAUCAUUCACCCUUUGCCACUUUUCAAAUGUAACCUUUUCUGAAUGGUCUAGUUUGGACAAAAUAUCCAUAAUUCCAUCCAUGUUUAUAGUUUUCCCUACUGUUUCAGGGUUGGGCAAUAUUUCUAGUUUUGCCGAUCUCAUCGCUUUUAACUUCAUUGCAAAGUUUUGGUGUUUGCUACAGAGGCAAGUAUUUCUAGAAAUCAAGUUUGUCAACAGUAUAUAUGUUGGUCUGAACCUGCUAAAUACUGACUUUGACAGCUUCUCUGUUGGAUUUUCAGCUUUGUAUAUCUCAUAUAUGUUUCCUAGAUAAUCAUUUAGGAUGCGCACUUGUCUCUGUUCACCUUCAUAAGUUUUGCAGUCUUUCUUCCCUGGCAUCUGGAUACUAACAUCGUCUCUUUCCAUGAACUGAAUGACUUUUGUCUUGAUCAUGUUUCUCUCUUUUUCAAGGCGCUUUCGUACUAUAGGGUUGACCUGUUUGGUGUUUGUCUUACUCAUGCCCUUUCUACCAAGACCAGUCUGUUUUCGGACAGUGUCUAGACACUUGUACUUUUUCAAUAUUUUGCCACUUAUCACUCUCAUAAUCACUCCUCUCUCUGACUGAGAUUUCGUCUUCUGUACUGCAUCUCUUACUUCAGCAAGAAUAGCAUUUGACAUCUCAAGUUUUUUCACUACUUUUCUCGAACGACUCUUUAUUCAAAGGAUAUUUAAGUCAUGCUUCGUUUGUGAUCUAGGCGUCAUUUGAUUUCCUUUAUCAUCAGACCGUACUGAUGACAUACCAGCUGAUGUAUUGGGCUUUCUUUUUUAUUCUUUCAAUCUCUGAAAUCUUUUCUGCAGUGUUUUCUUUUCUCUCUUUAGCUCAUUUACCUUGUUCAUAAGUGAACAUACCUUGUAGCUUGCUUGUCGCAAACAUUUAGACCUUUUUCUUCUGGCCUGAUUUUUUCUUUUGAAAUUGAGCUUUACUGUCAUUUUCUGUAGUAACGUUGUCUGACUUUGAUUUUCUUGGCAUUGUUCUACCGUAAUACAAGUAUCAGUCGAACUUGAUACUGUUGGAACUUGUUCUGAGAUCAAUUCCUGGCUUGAUUGGUUUAUUCAAUGUGGAUUUAAUCUUUAAUUUGGCUCUAUAUCUUUUACUGUACUCUUUAUUUCUAUGCCUUAUUGCUGAUUGUUCUCUCUUACUCGUUUUGGAUAUCGACACUCUGUUUCCUUUAGCUCUUAUACGCUCUGAGUUCAGAUAGUUAGGAUCCUUCUUCUUUUUUCUUUCUCUAUAUUCUCUCUGAUACUCGGCUCUACUUUUGGUCAUCUUUGACCUAGACAAAUAUCAAAAGUAAAGGUUAAAGAAUAAAAUUGUACUUGCGACAUACAACACUAGGAAUUCCAACGGCAUUGUAACAUUUUGGAGACGAUACAACACUAUUAUUUUCCUCAGUUCGCUCGAACAAGAACAAUCAUCAGAUACGUUAACAAAAUCAUCAAAUACGUUAACAACAUGUAUGUACAACGGAGUACGAUUAUUAUUAUUUACUACACUUCCAAUGAAAAUAGGUCACAAAUACAUGUGUUUCAACACCAAAAUUGUUAGGCACUGCUAUACGUUCAUUAUCAAAAACAAACUAAAGUGCAAUCAGAUACGUUAACAAUUCAUCAAAUACGUUAACAUUGUUUGAGAGGCUUUUUCAUAGGAACGACAGUGAUUAUUUUAUUAAUAACCCACUAGAUGUAGUAAAUUAUAGUUUAACAAUAAAUAAUAAUGUCAAAGUAUGUGAAAUUCAAUAAAAGCUUGUUUCACUUACCUCUGUAUAAAGACGAAUUCACCAAAAUGACCUGUUCAGCGAGUAUGUUUUAAUAUUCAGACAUCUUGUUGAUUACGUCAUCAUUUGGGAUACGUAUGACAUUUAAAAAAACAGUUGAAAUAAUUCACGAAUGCUAAAAAAACGAAAAAUCGAUGAGAUAAGAUGAUCUGUGUUUUGUUGUUAACGUAUUUGAUGAAAACGUAUCUGAUGCGCAUAAUUUGUAUAAUGCUUAUUUUUUUCUAAUUUUUCUAUAUCAUUUUUACUUCUUAUAUGUUUUCAAAGGUAUACAUAUAUACUUACAAAUCGCCGACAUUUAGGACUGGUGACAGUCAAGUUGUUGUCGCAAAUAGCAUUAACAGCUUAACAUAUCUGAUGCGUUUUGACUGUCUGACUGGCACUUUUAUGGAUUUGGCAUCAUCGUGUGAACAAAACAUAAAUCAUGCCAUGUAUUUUAACUUUUAUUAUGUUAGUUCAUACCUUCAGUACUAUAAUACGCCAUAUCAUAAUAUUCUAUGUUUAUAUUGUGCAAUAAAUUUUGUAUUGUGAAAAGCGUUAACGUAUCUGAUGUAAAUAUUGGCGACACGCAACUUUUUGCAAUUUUGAAUGUAUCGGUAAUGUGUUUUGAACGAGGGUUUGAGAAUUGAUAAAUUAAAACAGUUAUGUAUAAAAUACACCACAGAAAUAACAUUUUUCAUACAUUUUGUCAAUACUAACGCUACUUGAAUAAUAGGACUAUCAAUGGCGACACACCCAAAAUGGCCAACAUGGCAUGCUUUAAGCAAGAAAACUCAAUAACUAGCAAACACUUUAUCAUUUUUUUUUACUUUCCGAGGGAGCUUGACCCUAAAGUUAAUAAAUUAACACCAAUAAGUAGUAUAUGGUUAGAAUAAAAUGCCGGACAGGACUGGCGACAGCUAUUUUUUAAAGUUGGAAUUUUAACUGAUUUUUAAUGUGUUAAUGUAUUGUAUCCAUUCUUGUAAUAUACCCAUUAUUGUGCUGUUUUGCAUACUGUUCAUGAUUUUAUCACCUGCAUGUGUUCAUUAGUGUGAUCUGAUGUCACACAUAACUUUUUGUUAAUAUCCAAUUAUUUCACAUGUUAAAUGUUUGUUUUCGCUAUCUAAAGCGUGUGGCUCUUACCCUGUUUUACAACUAUCAAAUGGACCAGAAGACCAGGACUUUUCCGUAUUUUGAUAAUUUUCUGUUUUUGAAAUUACCAAAUGUGUGAUUUUAUAGUGAAGAACUGGUACCAAAUAAAGUACAUUAAGUUGAUGGAUUAAUGUUUACUCUUGAACUGCAAUAUCAUUUGGAUAAAAAUCAUGAAUAAAUGGUAUUAUUUUGCUCUUCCAGCACUGCAAAUCUUUAUUCUAUAGACUGGCAUAACAUGGAGGAAUUCACUAGCAUUUAUUAUUAAAGCAUUUCUUUUGAUAAUUGCCAUGUUUCGUCAAACCAUAGUUUGUGUCAUGUGCAGUGAUAAUUUAUUUUACUAUUAAUGUAUAAUGUUCAGUCUUUUAGGCACAGUAAGUCACAUUUAUGCCUGUUUUAUGUGUUGAUACAAUUAAAUGUGCUUAAUUUUACAAAUUUAAGGGUAUCUAUUAUGAAUGACUUAUGUAUUUGUAUAUUAUUUUACUUUGUUAUAAAGGUAUCC